AUGAAAGCAAUGGUAUGCGCACUUUUGUUCGUGGCCGCCGCAUUCGGCGCAAAUUUCAGUCAGCCGGUCUUGUGGGAGGACCUGGCUGAUCUCGACAUUUUUCGAGUGGAUGAUACUUUCUACUAUUCUGCUUCAACGAUGCAUUACUCCCCCGGUGCUCCUAUUCUGCAGUCGUACGAUUUAGUCAACUGGGAAUUCGUCGGACAUUCUGUGCCUACGUUGGACUGGGGCUCUAUCUAUAAUCUCGAGGGAGGACAGGCCUACGUCAAAGGUAUCUGGGCGUCGACACUCAGAUAUCGUAAGAGCAAUGGCUUGUGGUACUGGAUUGGGUGCGUCCAGUUCACCACUACAUAUAUCUACACUGCUCCGUCUGUGACAGGACCGUGGACAAAGAGUGGUGUUAUCAAUACCUGUUACUAUGACUGCAGCUUGCUCAUCGAUGAUGACGGCACAAUGUACGUGGCGUAUGGAGGGACUACCAUCUCCGUCGCCCAGCUCUCUUCCAACGGGCUCAGUCAAGUCACAGCGCAAACGGUGUUCACAUCCACCAUCGGAGCCAUUGAGGGCUCACGGUUCUAUAAAAUUAAUGGCGAAUACUACAUUUUCAACACGCUCCCUGCCAAUGCCGAGUAUGUUCUCAAGGCGAGCAGCCCAUGGGGCCCAUACACGCAGAAACUACUCUUGAAGGACAUUGCAACUCCUAUUACCGGAGGUGGUGUGCCGCAUCAGGGCGGCAUUGUUGAUACUCCAUCAGGGAACUGGUAUUACAUGGCCUUUGUCGACAGCUACCCCGGAGGCAGAGUCCCGGUUCUCGCUCCAAUUACCUGGGGCUCUGAUGGGUUCCCAGCAAUAACCACAGUCAACGGGGGCUGGGGCACCCAGUAUCCAUACCCCUUGACCUCACAUCCCCUGUCCUCCCCUACAGGAAAAGACACCCUGUCCUCCCCCUUGCCAUGUCUUUGUGCCUCGUUUAAGUAG